UGAAGCCCAUUGCACAAUCCCAGCACGGCACUAGAGAUCAUCUCCCAAGCCGAGACUUAUUCUUCACCACCUCCCUUCCCGUUAUCCCCACAGAGUUCGCCACAUGUAGGCGGAGCUCUCGCUGGUCUGAUGGUAUGGUCACGUGAUGAGAAGACGGUGACCAGGAAGAAGUCAGGGGACAAAUACUCAGUACUGCUCCCGACGUAUAAUGAGAGGGAGAACUUGCCGCUCAUCGUUUGGCUGCUGGUCCGGUGCUUCAGAGACAGUGGGUAUAACUAUGAAAUUAUAGUCAUUGAUGAUGGAAGCCCGGAUGGCACAUUAGAGGUUGCUCAGCAACUGCAAAAAAUCUACGGAUCUGAUAAAAUUCUGCUGCGCCCAAGAGCACAGAAACUAGGCUUGGGUACAGCCUAUGUGCACGGCAUGCAGCACGCCACAGGAAACUUUAUUAUUAUCAUGGAUGCAGAUCUCUCACACCAUCCUAAAUUUAUACCGGAAUUUAUAAGAAAACAGAAAGAAGGUAGCUAUGAUAUAGUGUCUGGCACUCGAUACAGUGGAAACGGUGGUGUUUAUGGCUGGGAUUUGAAAAGAAAGUUAAUAAGCCGGGGAGCUAACUUUAUAACUCAGGUUUUGCUGAGACCAGGUGCCUCGGAUUUAACCGGAAGCUUCAGGUUAUAUAGAAAAGAUGUGCUGCAAAAGCUGGUAGAGAGGUGCGUCUCGAAGGGCUAUGUUUUCCAGAUGGAGAUGAUCGUCCGAGCUCGGCAACUGAAUUUCACCAUUGGGGAGGUUCCUAUCUCGUUUGUGGAUCGAGUCUAUGGAGAGUCCAAACUGGGAGGCAACGAGAUUGUGUCCUUUUUAAAAGGAUUACUAACUUUGUUUGCAACCACAUGAUUCAUCCAAGCUGGCAGCUGCUUAUAUCCUAAUCCCCUGAUCCGGGGAAGUGAAAGUAAUAUUCACCUCCCUCCCAAAAGUAAGAUACACGUUAAAAUCGCCCAGAUUGAAAACCCCUGGGGAAAAACUAUUUUUGAACAGAGACCGGUGGGGUUUUUUCCAUUUUUUUUUAAAUAUUGUUAUGGGCCCAAAUAUUGUUGUUCUUUUUAUGUAAAAAUAAAAUACGAAUUAAAGCAAUUCUCUUUGUGAAA